AUGCGUGUUCUAAUCGUUGCCCUUUUGUUUUGCGCCCUCGCCGCCGGGGCAAUUUUCGACUUGCAGGAUCGAGUUUUCGGCGUGCUUCCACUGAAAAUGCGCCGCGGCUACCGGAAGUUGACAACUUUUGGGAAGGUUAAAGAUUGCCCAACAUUUUGCCAAUCCUACCACCGCCGCCCCGGGUACUGUACGCCCACGCCGGAAAGUGACGCUUGCACACCGUACUGUGGCUGUGGCGCUGCAUGCAAAUGUCGA